CAAGAGUGGAAUCGAUAGCCACAGUCGGAGUUUUGAGAGCUUUUGGCCAUGGAUUCCACGCUAUUCUUCUUCCUCUUCUUCUCCCUGGUUUUUCUCUCGAUGGUUUCUUCGCAUCCAACUCACAGCGAUUGCAACUCCGAGUCGGUCUCGCUUUUUUCUUGCUUCCCUCUCCUCCAGAUGCAAAGCAAGGAAAUCCCCGACGACUGCUGCGUCCAUCUCCAAAACUCUCUCGCCGAGAAUCUCCCCUGCCUGUGCGAUCUCAUCCACAGCGGCGGACAGUACUCGAUCAACGAAUCCAUCGCCAUGGAGCUUCCACAAAUGUGUGACAUCCACAACUUUGAUUCCAGCACACAGUGCUCGUCAAGCAACCAUGCUCCUCCGUUUGUAGCUGGGAUUUCUUCCGUCCACCAUCCGCCGCCACCACCGUUCUUCCAGCCUUUUGGAUCGUUCCCAAAUUUUUCUAGCAGCUCAAAGUUUGUGCCAGUGAUCCUUUGGAUUGCGAGCAUUGUCACGACGAUCUUCCUGUACUGAAAGAGUGAAUAGCAAAGAAAAGUUCUAGUGUCAAAGAAUGUUCUAUAACCAAAAGCUAGAGCUAGCUAUGGCGGAUUUUCGAGCUAGACUAGUCAUGCUAUCACACACCUCUGUCACAGUAUCACUUAACAAAAAAUAAAGUAUGGUU